AGUAGCAGAAUUACCCGAUCCCGAAAGUGACAAUGGUGAUUCUCACAUGACAUUAAAGGAAUUAGAACAAAAGUGGAAUAAUCUAGCUUUAGGGACUCUCAGUGAAAAUCAUUUGCAUUCCCCGACACCAUCUCAUAAUUAAGAUUAAGAAUGGAAUUUCCAGACACAGGGGAAAGAUGUUCGGUCGAAGACUGCAAACAAUUGAAUUUUUUGCCAUUCGAAUGCAAUCAUUGUCAUGACAUUUUCUGCAAGGAACAUUUUCACAUAGCUUCUCAUAAAUGUUCUGGAUAUCGUGAAAAUGUUACGAAUACUAAAACAAAGGCUUCGAGUUAUACGUGUUCAGAUGAAUCUUGCAAAGAAACUUCACCUAUAGAGCUGCCGUGUAUAAAGUGCAAAAGACACUUUUGUUUACAACAUAGAUAUCACGGAUGUUUAGAAUAUAGUAAUGAAGAGAAGACAACAAAGUUAAAAAAGUGGCAAAUACCAAAAAAACAAUUUGCCGAAGCUAAAGCUAUAGUGGAUCAAGAAAUUUCAGACAAGUUGAAAAAAUCCAAGAAUACUGCAAUGGCGAAUAAAGUACGGCUCAUGCGCAUAAAAGGUUCAGCUGUUGGACCUAAAAAUGUUCCAGUAAACGAACGUUGUUAUUUUCUUGUGUAUCCAUCGACUAAAAUAUCCAAUAAGAAUGUAGGACCGUCGAAAGGUAUUUAUGUGAACACAAACUGGACAAUUGGGAAAGCUAUAGAUUCGAUGGCUGACAUACUAAAAGUAACUAAUAAUAACAAUACAGCUGGUGCACCCAAAUUACAAUUAUUUCAUCAUUCAACUGGUGCACUGAUAUGUAAUGAAAUGGAUACACUGCUAUCAAAGCUGUUUGAAAACUCUGAAAUUGUUGAUGGACAAAGUGUUAUUUUAGAAUGUUCGAAUACUAUGGUUGUAGAUACUUCUUUAUACAAAUAAAUCUAUUUACAGUAAACGAGG